AUGAUAGUAGUCUCGGGAUCAGGUACUCUUCCGCAUUUGCAAAUUUCUAGAAACCCUUUUCCAGACAUUUUACUGAAGACUCUACAUGUUCUGUGGCUUUUCUCGCUCGGUUCCAUUCUCGUCAAUUGUGUCAGUUUCAGAUCGGAACAUCUUCGGAUCAUGAGCAUAUUUCAGGCAAAGAAGAAGGCCGAGAAGGGUCUCGAAAAGACGAAUAGUCAGCAGAGUUUGGCAAAAAGCGGAGCGAAGACGCCGAAAAAGAGCAAGAAAGAGGGGACGACGAGUGGGAGUGCUAAGAAUGAGGACGAGGAGGGUGAGUGCGCUCUGCCGGACUACUUCAGGAGCUAAAACACUUUCAGACGACGUCCAAUUCAACCUGAAGCUGAAGCCGGCCGAGCAGAAACGUGACGAAUUCGACGACGACGAAGAGAAUCCGCUGGCGAAGAUUCCGACGAAAGCACGGCUUCCGAAGACUCCGGGCGCUCCGAGCACCGUCGAUCCGGAACGUCCGUUCUUGGCGCCCAACGAGAAGAUGAACAAUAACUCUUGCUAUGUAAGAGUCCUCGACGGAGCUGUUUAACUUUACUCUUUUUCAGAUAAAACCUCAGGCGAAGAAGGCGUGA